AUGCAGCGCCGCGAAGAGCUAGCGACGACCCUGACCGAGCCUGGGACGCCGUCGGGUCUCUUCUCCAAGCUGCCGUCGGCUUUCUGGGCGCGCAAGCUCAAGACCGACGACGGUGGCAAGGGCAUUUGUAUGGACGAUGACUCGCCGCUGUCGCCCGCCAUGAGUACGACGUCCGAGUCGUCGUCGGCGGCAUCGUUCGACUCGACGGCUGCGACGCGUGUCCAUGCCAUGGACGAUUUGUCCGCUUUGGACAACAACCGCCUCGAUCCGAUGGCGUCGGCCGACCUCGAGACCAUCGCGCGGCUCGCCAAGCAAAAUGCGUUUCUGACGCAGCUCUUGCGCAAGGUGACGGCCAAGGUGUCGUCGAACCGUCACGACAUGACGGUGCAGCACCACCGCAUCCAGGACCUCGAGCGCGCGCUCGCAGUCGCGACGCAAUCGCCGCCAACGCACGAGAUGUCGUGCCAGACGGAUCUGGACAUGGAGCGCCACGAAGCAAUGGCGUGGCAGCUCAAGAUCGCCAACGCAAAGGUCACGUCCUUGAGCAAAUGCGCGCAUCAUUUUCAACUCGAGCAGCAGCUCAACCAGUUUGCCAACGCGCCAAUGCCGCCACCGUCGUCGUCCUCCUCCAAGGAGAUCGUACUCCACAAGAGCAACGGCAGCAGUUCGGCGGCCAUCCCCGCCGAAAGCGUCGGGUACAUCCAAGAGCUCCACGGCAUCCUCGCAACGUUCCUGCGCCAAACGAUCGGCGUCGACAUCAAGACGUUCUCGACCAAAGCCGGGCUCAUGGACCUCGGCAUGCUCAAGGCCCACCUCAAGUCGACGACGUUUGCGUCUCGGCAGCCGCCGCCGCCGCCGAGCCAAAAGCACCUCGUCGAACUCGAUAGCAUCCAGGACCGCGUCCUUGCACGCAUGGAGGCCGCGCGCGUCUUCCUCGCCACCUUUGCCUCGUCGCAUAUGGAAGCCGAAGAUAACUAUGACCUCUUUGGCGAAGCAUCGGCGUCGUUGGCAACGUCGUGA